CUUUAUGUGUAAGUGUAAAUAAGUGACACUAGAGUCUGUAUAACACAAGUUGCCGAGUGUAUCAGAUCGACUGCAGAAUACACUCAAGAUUUACUGAAACAGAGCACAUUAUUCCCGGCGAUAUAAGUGACACUGGGUACGAGUCUAUCAUGGCCCGGGGACGAACCAAUGCGGGAAGAGCGCACGUGUGCACAGAAAUUUAGUAAAGUCAUCCUUGACAACUUGCUCAUCAUCUUGAUGAUAAUUGCAGUAAUAAUCGGUGUAGUUCUGGGAUUAGGAUUACGGGACAUAUGGGAGCCAUACGAUAAGAGAAAAAUAUUUUUUCUGAAAUUUCCUGGAGAUUUGUUGAUGAACAUGUUGAAGAUGUUGAUCCUACCACUGAUAGUUUCCAGUUUGAUCUCCUCCUUAGCCACCCUCGACUCCCGAGCCUCCGGUAAGAUGGGACUACGGGCCGUCGUCUACUAUCUCUCAACUACAUUUGCUGCCGUCGUCCUCGGAAUUAUACUUGUUGUUUCUAUCCAGCCAGGAAAAAAGGGCAGCAGAAUCGACAAGUCUGGGGCAGCCAAGAAGGCUCACCCUAUCGACUCCCUCUUGGAUCUCAUCAGAAAUUGCUUUCCAAACAAUUUGAUAACGGCAUGCUUCCAAAAGCAAGUUACCGAAGUUGAUCAGUUCGAGGUUAAACCACCGACAAUGACCACUCCAACAGCUAACCCCAACAUCUCGACCACGAUGAUGCCAAAUUAUACCCAAGCAGCAAGUUUUUUUGUGGAUGCCCCGUACAUCAACGGAAAGGCAGAUGGUAUGAAUGUUCUCGGCUUAGUCGUCUUCUCAAUCUUCUUUGGCUGUAUCCUUCAACAGAUGAAAGAUAAAGGAAAACCCUUAGUCGACCUUUUUGAAUGUCUCCACCUUGCUUCAAUGAAACUUGUAACUUUAGUAAUCUGGUACUCCCCAAUUGGAAUUAUCUUCCUGAUUGCUUCUAAGCUGGUUGCAAUGGAGAGGCCCGAGGAGAUGUUUGAACAACUGGCCUAUUACAUGGCCACAGUAUUGUCUGGCUUGGCUAUACACGCAUUCAUACUUCUUCCCCUCCUCUUCCUCGUCAUUGUCAGGAAAAAUCCGUAUAGGUUUAUGUACAACAUGCUGAAGGCCCUUUUAACAGCCUGGGGAACCGCAUCAAGUUCUGCUACAUUACCAGUAACUAUGGAAUGUCUAGAGGAUAAUAAUCACGUGGACAUCCGCGUAAUCAAGUUUGUGACCCCAAUCGGCGCUACCAUCAACAUGGACGGAACAGCUUUGUAUGAAGCAGUGGCAUCCAUAUUUAUAGCUCAGAAUAUAGGCAUUUCCCUGGACAUAGGCCAAAUCAUCAUCGUCAGUCUGACGUCCACUGCUGCCGCUAUCGGAGCUGCAGGGAUACCACAAGCCGGACUCGUUACCAUGACAAUCGUCCUCUCAGCGGUUGGCCUACCAAUUGAGGAAAUAACUCUUAUUUUGUCGAUUGAUUGGUUCCUGGAUCGUUUCCGAACUGCUGUGAACGUCCUCGGAGAUUCCUAUGGAGCUGGUAUCAUUGAGCAUUUGUCACGGAAUGACAUAGGAGCGUGUCCUAAGUAUACCCUAGACACCGGAGCCAAUGGUCUUACUAUGGGCAAUGACUAUGGUGGAACUGAAAACAUUGCAUUUAGAAAAGACGAACUCCCAACAACCAAAAUGUGACUUGGAUUUGACCAAAACCUGUGAUUUUUUGUUUUUACGUUUAUUCGCGGACACUAUUUACAACGACAAGCUAUCAUCAACGCCAUCAUUAUAACAAUGUACUAUCCAUGAUAAAAACAAAUCCGACAAACAUACUCUUGCUUACAAAGGUUUCGUAAAAAGCGAACUUGGCAUGGCGUCUUCUCAUUAAAAUGGGUUUCUUCGGAUGCUAUCUAUCAAAAUACUGCCAAAGUGGUAAAAUUUGAGGAGGAUACAUCCAAGGCAAUUUGACAGAGCUGUUAACUUAAGACAUAUUUGACCGAAAUUAGGUUUACAUAAUCCAAAAUAUCAGCAAUACCAAAAAGUGCCCAGUUUCUUGACUUGUUAGGAGUUUUCCUUUUCCUCGGUAUGAAUGUGUCGACUGCCGAAAAAGUCUAGUAUGCCUCCUCAAUAUCAAGCUCUGAAAAUAUCUCAUAUUUCAUGCCGUUAUAGUUUCCGGUAAUUAUAUCCGGAUCUGACUUUUUUUUCUUUUUUUUUCUGAAGUAUAUACUGAAAAGAAAAGAUAAUACCAUAUGAUCACUGUUUCCGAUAGGACAUUCAUUAUCAAUGUCGCUCACCAUAUCUUCUUCAUUGCUUAGGAUCGGGUCCAGGUAUUAGACUCAUUUCCUGGGCAUAGACUUUGGUUUUGAUUUUGAUUUUGUUUAACGUCCUAUCAACAGCCUCCCGUGCGUGCGACAUGCAUGAGUGCGUAUGUUUGUUUUGGUAUGCUGCGGUAUGUUUGUAUAAAGUCUCCUUGUGAUAGUCCAGAACUUUCGUGUACUGAUUGUAACAUGAUGGUAUAGGUUGCUAUCUCUUAACAAAUCUAUGAAGCAUUCACCCUUGGUAUCUCCUUUUGUGAGAUAGGUGUUCCAGUCAAUUUUAGGUUAGUUAAGGUCUCCGAAUAUAAGGAGGCGAGAGAAAUGAUUAUCCGAUGACAUAGACUUGAUCAUUUUGCACAUUUCUUCAUUGUUCUCCUUUUCUUUUCUGGGCUUCUGUAUAUACAACUGAUCAGGGCUCGAUCAUUUCCUGGGGGAUUUAUUUUAAUUCAGAUAAUUCAUUUAAGACCAAAGAUUAUAAUGUUAUCUCUCAACUUCGUAUCUUUUAAAUCUGAGAGAACUACAGUUACUGUUAUCUUGCUUAGUUUGGUCCUUGGGUAAAGCUGUCAGUGUUGACGUUUUCAUUUCUUUCUGUACUUUGCAUCGCACCUCUUCCACAUUGCAUUUAGCUUUCAACUAUUUCUCCACUUUUGCUUAUCGUUUGGUAUAUUUCGACAUUAUCUGCUCAACUUUCCAUUCUACUAAUUUCUCGGUUUCGAAAUUCUUUUCCAAUGCAACUUUUAAUGGUCACAAAACCAACUGGAGUCUGUGUUGGCCAGGAAUUCGUAUCCCGCUUUUCCUUUCCCCAGGCAUCCAAUGCAAAAAGCGUUACUGACAAUGGUCACACUCGACCAUCUUGGCAUCUUUACGGGUUUCCUUCUUUUUGUAUAGCUUGCCGGUCGAGGAGUUGGACAGAAAAGGAUUUGAAGAUCUAGCUGUGCUUCUUUUGCGAUUCCGAUUCCUUGUAACGAUUGGCUCAUACUCAGCACGUUUAGAGUUUAGAUCCGCUGUUGACGUUGCUACUCUGUCCACUUCCGGUCGGCAUAUUGGGGAAAUGCGUAUCACUCGGAUAUGACAAGGAAACUAACCGAAUAUACCACCCAUGAAUGUGCGUCGUUAUCUAAACGUACUUUUGUUAACAACUGCAGAUACUAUUUAGCAUUAAAUAACAACGAUAAAUGGUUAAAAUAACAAUAGCGACCGUUGUCAAUGAUGAGGUCACAAUAUAAAUCCCUAAGGUGUUUCAAGAUAUAUGUAAAGCUGUUGAAUUAUAUGUUCUCUAUAUUUGUACUGACAUACUAUUGUUUUAAUACAUGUAUAUCUUACGUCUUUUUGUUAUUUAACGAGAAUUAUUAUAGCUUUAUACUGAAAUCAGGAAAUAAAAAAUAUCAACGAC